CUUUUUAAAAUGGCUAAUUUGCAAUUCCCACUAUCUAAACCAUAAUCUAAUCAUCAAGAAACCCAUAUGUAAGCAAUCCCUCCUUCGCCAUGGCUGCUGCUACCACUAGCUUUGGAACUGCCUGGUGUCUAAGAAGAGCAACUCACGCUUUCGCACUCUCUCAUCUCCGCACCAAUGCCAACCUCGCUUUUCAAAGCACCCUUACCUCUCAUAUUCUCCCCCUUUCCAAUUCUUCAGAUUCAAGUGCAAGCAAUGUAGUACAAGCUUCAAAAAGAGAAGUUGAUGUACUGCUCAAGGGAGUUGGGGAGAAAAGUGUAGCAAAUGAAGUGAAGCAUGUUCUUGAGAUGGCUAGACGAGCAUCCUUAAAACGAGAGAUUCUCCAUACUAAUUUUCUAACCCCUCCAGUGCUGAAGGAAUCUAUGCAAGUAUUGGAGAAAUUAGCAGAUGUUAAAGCAUUGGUGCAAGGGGGUUAUCCACAGGCUGAACGAUGCCGGAUUUCUGUCGGACAUCCAGAUGAGUUGACAAGUGAUCCAGAUGUUAUUUCGGCAUUGAGCAUUACGGGGAACUUCCAGUUUGAACCUUGCUCUCAUGGUGACUUCCUUGGUUCAAUUCUCGGUACAGGAAUCGCUAGGGAGAAACUUGGAGAUAUUAUAUUGCAGGGAGAACAGGGUGCUCAGAUGAUUGUUGUACCAGAACUAGUUGAAUUUCUUAUGACAGCACUGGAUAAGGUUCGAAAUGUUCCUGUAACUUGCACCAAGAUACCAUUAAUUUCUCUUGAUUAUGAACCACCAAGAACGAAAUCAUUCAAAACUGUAGAAGCAUCACUACGAGUUGAUGCAGUAGCUAGCGCAGGAUUUAAGAUUUCACGUUCAAAGCUAGUUGACAUGAUCAGCAAUGGUGAUGUACGAAUCAACUGGAUCCCGAUUACUUCCAAAGGAACCACAAUCAAGAGUGGAGAUCUUGUAUCAGUUAGUGGAAUGGGAAGAUUAAAGAUAGGAGAAGUUAACACUACAAAGAAAGGAAAGUUUGCAGUGGAGCUCAUUCGGUAUUUGUAGAAAGUUUUUUUCAUUGCUGCACAGAAAAAGUGUAUGUACAAAAAUAUUGGUUAAUAAUUGGCAAAUAGCUUUUGAAAUUUCUAGUAUGAGAAUAUUGAACUUCGAGUAUGUUGUACAAGUAAAAUGAGUUUGUGUGGGAAGGAGAAGGACAAUUAGAUUCAUAUUUAAUGGGCUGCUAUUCAUAAUGAUCAUUUAGAA